GUUGAUGUCGGAUAACGGUGUAACAGUUAAACACUACACGGAUAGCAAACUUAACCUGUUCCAUUCCAUAGAUAAAUGAAAUUUGGUACUUACACCGUGAAACUACGAGGUUACAGCGACUAUACACGACGGAUGAUUACGACAAUGAAGUAUUCCAGCGCUCUGAUGGUGACAUUUGUAGCGGCUAUGGUAGUGGUGGUUUGUUGUAUGUCUGUACGUUACUCGGGCAAAGUGCCUAACCACACAAAACCAACCGGUGAACAAGGUACACAGAUAAGGAUGGAGGUACAGAGACAGCAAAUACAAAUUGAACAACUUAAUCAGGAAGUAAAGGACAUGAAAUUAAAGCUAAACAAACUAUCACGGCCAAUUUCGACACAGAACUUAAUUCAGCGAACAAAGACAAAGAUAUCACAAGAUCAAAUACAGCAGAAUAAACAACGUCAACUGAUUGAUUCCUAUGAUAAGAUACCCGUUAAAGUAUAUUCCAUUAAAGACGGAGAGUGGACAAGGAUACCAGAGUUGUGUCAGAACAUAGCAAGCUUUCAAUCUGUCAGACUCCAUACUAUGUCCGGUGUGUUGGAGGUGUAUAUACAUGAUCCAAAGAACGAUAAAUGGGUUAGUGGUUCAUUGGCCAAAGGCCAAAUAUGGGAAUCUCAAUUAGUGAAUUUAGUUUUAGCGGCAUUACAGAAAGAAAAAAAUGCAGUCUUUCUAGACAUUGGAGCAAACCUCGGGAUAUAUUCAUUGUUGGCUGCUAAACAAGGGUUUAGGACUGUAUCUAUAGAACCCUUAAAAAUCAACGUUCAGCGGAUUUGUUCUUCUGUCCGUGCAGGUCAUUUCUCGGACAAGGUGACGAUUGUCCGUGGCGCCCUGUCCGACGUAUCUCAGAAUGUUACGCUCGGUAUGGACGUUAACAACGUUGGAGGAUCGUUUGUACUACAAGACCAAAACCAAAUCAAGGUCAAGGCCAGUGAGGUAGGCGGGACAUAUUCUGACGUUGUCAUGUCAACAACACUUGACAAUUUAUUACAACUUCCGGAUAUUAAUUCUACGCGUGUUGUUAUCAAAAUGGACGUUGAGGGAUACGAACAUAAAGUGUUGAGGGGCGGGGAAAAGUUCUUCAACAGAAUGGAUGUACCUACGAUUCUCAUGGAAUGGGAAUUUCAUAAAGGUACUCAAAGUGGUACGGAAAUAAUACAGUUCUUUGAAUCUAGAAACUAUACAGCAUAUGACCCAUUACGAAGCAAUUCUUUACAUUCUGAAUCAUCCAAGACAUGGCCAUAUGAAAUAGUUUGGAGGAAGAUGUUGUAGAUAUGGCGUAAUACUUUCUUAUUGAAGUAGUAAGGACAUACAAUAUAAACUGUUAUAUUUUGCAUAUGUUAUGUUGAUAUCUUUAAACUGGUUUAUUAUCCAGGUAGGUAUUUGUGCUAGUGAGUACACGACCAUUAAAUCAAUAAAAGAAAUUUUCGAAUUUUGAAGAAAAAAAACAGGACUGUCGAUCAGACUGCAAAAAAAAAGAAAAAAAGAAAAAAGGAGAAUCAACAAUGAUUGAUUAAUGCAGUUUUGGGGGGAAACACCCAUGUAAAAUUAAACAUGUACAUUGUACGUUUUGUUAACAUUCGUCUUUUAUAGCAAUUACUAAACAGAUAUCUCGUUAUUGUAUUGUUUAUUCACUUUAAGCCUUGGGAGGAGUUAUGUCCCCUGAAUGGCGGAAGUUGUGUUUUUCAGAGGCUCUCGAUAUUUCUAUUGGAAUCGGUGUUCUACACUCCAUUCGAUCCUCUGUGUGUUGUUUAUUCUCAACUAAGGUUAGAGAAAGGACUUUACUCAACUAAUUUGCAGUCUACGGUGAGUAGAUCAUGUUUAGAUUCACUUAGCAACCUGUUUUGUUGGAACUCCAUUGUCUACGAUCGUGAUAUGAACUCACUUGUCCAACAUGGAUCAUAACCAACUUCUUCAAAGACCGAUGUCGGUCCAUUUCCAUCACAAACAAUUUAGGGGACUUAAUCAUGAACAAGUCUUAGAAAGUCUAGAAAAUAUAAUUAACAAAAAAGACAUUAAAUCCAUUCAACUCACAGACAGGAUGUGUGUAGUAACAGUGAGAGAUAGUGCGAUCAAAAACAAACUUCUGACAAAUGGACUGGUUAUCCAGAGCCAAACUGUCAAGGUUAUGGAGGUCGAGAGAACAGUGACAAAUGUGACAAUAAAAGACGUUCCAUUUGAAA